UAUUUUCUUCCUUUUAGUCUGAAUAAGCGAGAGACCAUGGCAAAAAGAACAAAGAAGGUGGGAAUUUGCGGGAAAUACGGAACCCGAUAUGGUGCCUCUCUCCGUAAAACCAUCAAAAGAAUGGAAGUCUCUCAGCAUUCUAAAUACACAUGUCAAUUCUGUGGAAAGGAUGCCAUGAAGAGGAAAGCUGUGGGGAUCUGGAGCUGUAGUCGAUGCAGGAAGACCGUGGCCGGAGGUGCAUGGGUCUACAGCACAACUGCCGCCGCUACCGUCAGAAGUGCAGUUCGUCGUCUCCGUGAAAUGAAGGAAUCUUAAAUAAAUUUAUCUCCCCACAA